GGCUAAUAAGAUUCAUAGUGGGAGGGUAGAAAGCCGUGUAUCUACCAUUCAGACGCAUUUACUCCAACCAGAAGCCAGAGAAAGAGAGAGCGGGCGACAAACAGCCAGUAAUGGUCAUCCACACACAAGUAUGCUUGUAGGUGUGGUGUAAAGAACAAGAGUUGUGUCUGAAGCGUGGAGUUAAGCCCAGUGUAAUUCCAGGUGCGUACAAGAGCGUCAUGGAUAAAGCGAAACUAGCGCAGCUGAGAUCAGUGAUAGGGAAUGUCGGGGACGCGUUAGUCAUCACGAGCCUCGGCGCAGACACCGGUGCCUUUACAGUCUGUUUUUCGUCGUCGUGAUGCUUUAGUGAUGUAGGUUUUCGAGACGCACAGGUGGGAGCGCCGUGUCUUCACACUAUAGUGCACUUGUUUUUCUUUCUGACUUCCACUGAUCGGUUUGGGUGAAACAGACUAAACAUGGAUACGCCGAGGGAAACCAGGAAACAAACAAUCAAAGCCAAAUCAACCAAGCGCAAGAAUAAGACGCACAAGUCCCAGAAGCUGUUCAGAAGGAAAUCGCUAAAAUCGCUUGGAAAUUUUAUGAGCAGGAUUGUCAAAACUUUGGGGACUUUGGCACACUUGGGGGACGCGGACCAGCUGGACGCGGCGGAGGAUGAUGAUGGUGGGUUUGGAGACACUCUGGGCGCCCACAACUCUGGGAAUCACAGAGAGAGCUCGCUGAGGAAGACCGCUGCGCCCUCAUCUUCUUAUGGGUCUGUCAAAGAAAGACUGUCCUGGUGUUACGGCGAGAAAACUCCGGGAGUUCAGGGUCUGAAGAACCAUGGAAACACCUGUUUCAUGAACGCCGUGGUGCAGUGCUUGAGUAACACGGUACUUCUGGCAGAGUAUUUGGGUCUGGAGCAGUAUAAAUGUGAAUUCAAUGAGCGGAAGAUCAACAGGACGAUGAAGAGUGAGGAGGUCAGGGGGGAGGUGACGGAGAAGCUGGCAUCGCUAGUGAGGGCGCUCUGGACGCUCGAUUACACGCCUCAGCUGUCAGUGGAAUUUAAGAGUGUUGUGUCCAAGUAUGGCUCUCAGUUCAAGGGGAACGCUCAACAUGAUGCUUUGGAGUUCCUGCUGUGGCUUCUGGACAGUGUACAUGAGGACGCCAGCCUCCCCACCAACAGCAACCACAACAGCAAAACCAAAUCAUCCAGCAAGGGUCCUGUGGGAUUGGAGGAGAGUUCAUGCCCUGGCCCAGCAAACUCACAGCAGCCUGGAACUCGACACAGUUUCGUACAAGAGCACUUCCAAGCUCAGUACAGGUCAUCACUGACGUGCCCUCAUUGCCUUAAACAGAGCAACACUUUUGACCCUUUCCUGUGUAUUUCACUUCCAAUCCCACUGCGACAGACCAGGGCCCUGAAUGUGAUUCUGGUGUUCAACACUGAAGGUCAGCGGUUUCUGAGAGUAGGGUUGGCUGUGCCUCUUUUUGGGUCUAUCUCAACAAUCAGGGCCAUGGUAGCAGAGGAGGGCAAGAUCUCUCCAGACCAGGUGAUUUUGACAGAGAUGAACUCAAAUGGGUUCCAGCGCUCUUUCUCUGAUGAAGAUGAUAUGACGAGUAUCUCAGAGAGUGAUGUCAUCUACACCUUCCAGGCUCCACCCCUCUUCACAAGAGGAGGCUCCAUGCGAUUCUCAGGGUUCCAUCACUCCCUCCCUUCCUCGCCAUACACUGCAGAGCCUGAAGGUCACAGGUUACCACCCUCAGGGACGUUAUCGUCAGAAUUCUUGAAUCAGGGUGGUUCUUCAAAGAUCCUCCUGUUAAUCUGCAAUGUUGCUGGGUCUGGCCAACAAGCUACAAGGUUUGGGCCUCCAAUCCUGAUGAGAGUAGAAAGGACUCUGUCUUGGGAUCAUCUACAACAGAGUGUCUGCAAUAAGCUUUACUUAUUUCAGAAAAAUACAAUCAUAAAGACUACUCAACUGUUUAGGAUUUGUGUGGUGGGUGGGUCGGCUUCCUGCAGUUACCUGUCUCCCCACGACAGCAGACCUCUGUGCCACCCAACCGUGGACAGGGCCCUGAAAUUAUGCGGCCCUGGUGGUCCUCUGCACGUGAAGCUUGUGAUUGAAUGGGAGAACAGAAUCAAAGAAUGUCUCUUUGGUAACAUUCAAGAGGAAGUUAUUGAGGAUGCAGAGAGUGUGAGAAUCCAGCAGCAGAAUCAUGUACAGCAGCACAGCUGCACGCUGGAUGAGUGUUUUCAGCUCUACACUAAAGAGGAGCAGCUGGCGCCAGAUGAUGCGUGGAAGUGCCCCCACUGUAAGCAGAUGCAGCAGGGGAUGGUGAAGAUGAGCUUAUGGACCCUGCCUGACAUCCUCAUCCUGCACCUCAAGCGUUUUCGCCAGGUGGGCAAACGGCGAAACAAGCUCUCCACCCUCGUUCGCGUUCCGAUAAGUGGUCUGGAUAUGACUCCCCAUGUGGUGAAACGCAGUCAGAGCAUGAAGAAUCUGGCCCCGUGGCCUGCAACUUGGAAACAUGGAGAUACUGACUUCCUUUAUGACCUGUAUGCAGUCUGUAACCACCACGGAGGCAUGCAUGGAGGCCAUUACACAGCCUAUUGUAGGAACUCCGUGGAUGGCCACUGGUACAGUUAUGACGACAGCAGUGUGGAGAUUGUGCCAGAGGAGGAACUGUGCACACGAGGGGCAUAUAUCCUGUUCUACCAGAGAAGAAAUGUCAUCCCACCCUGGUCCGCCAACAGCUCGGUCAGAGGUUCCACCAGCUCCUCUAUGUCAGAUCACUGGCUCAUCCGUUUGAAUGGUGACAGUAAAAGAGGAAGUAUGGUAUCACGGUCUUCCACAACAUGCCCUUCUUCCAUCCCAGACUCCCCAGAGUCUCCCGUCUUUCACAAUGAACCCUCAAUGGAAGAGAGAGUGUCUCUAGGUGGUUUUGAAAGGAGACCUUUAGUGCGAGGAAUCCAAGGGCGUAGCGCAAGCAUGAAAAGUCCAACCAAGACCAAAAUGCUCCCACUGCGAUGGUCCUUUGGAAACAAAGACCGCCACAAACCUGCCCAAGCUCCUGGCCAGGCUCCUGCAGAGCUGGUGGAGUAUUUAGAGUCUGGCAGAAGGCCAAGAUGCACCAAAGACCCCAUUGUCGCCCUAAUGACUCGACCUUCCGAUAAAGAAAGCGGUAAAGAAGAAGAUACGAAAAAAUCCACAGCCAAAUCUUCAAGCCACAGCAGCCUCGGACCUCCAGAGUUUCUCAAAAUACCACGGGGUCAAGAAAGAAGUAGCUCAGAGAAAGCAAUGGGCCAACAACCCAGCAGCAGCAGUAGACCAAGAGAAGAUGGAACUUUGACUAGACGGAGCAGCAGAAAAUCAAAACAGGACAAAUCACAGUCCAGAAACAGCUCCGGCACAGGGAUCCAAUCCAGUUCCAGUGGUCCAAGCGGGUGGGAAACAGCGCAUAGGGAUGAUCCAGGCGAGGAGCGACACCAUCUGGAGGAGAAACAGAGAAAGGGGCAGGAGACAAAACAUCACGACAGUGUCUUUGCUUUUCUUAAAGGUGGUUUCAUGAAGAAAGACUCGCUUCGGAGGUCUCGAGACAGUGAAUCUGUGAAAAGGGGUGACGCAGAUGUGAAAAGCCCAUCUGGAGUUUCACUCUCCAAUGGGACACACAAAAGAACUUCAGAAGGUAAAGCUAAUAGCACUAACCAAGUUCGUAGCAGACUCGGAGAUGAAUUUGCAAAUGGCAAGGUGAGUCGUGGGUCAUCAGACAUCAAACGCUCACAAAGUUCUUCCAAUAUUCAAAGCAAGUCCGAUCUAAGCUUAAGAAGGACGGCAUCGCUACACAGGAACGGCACGUCAGCGGCUCAGCCGCAGAGCAUUCCUAUGGACAGGGGCUCUCAGAACACCCUGCAACGCACACGCUACAGCACAAACUCACUGGGUAGAAAGAAGGCAGUCCCUGAAUCGAGCUUCUGAGACUUACACCCAAAUAUCACAACAACGUAGCAAAUAUCUAAAAGCCCACGUAAGAACUAUGUUAAGAAAGUAAGGUUUGAAAUGAUGGCAGCACACUAUGAAGUUGCACAUACAUUUGGAAUAAGUGGAUGAUAUUUUUGUUCAUUUUUCUCUGCUUUUAUGAAGUGCCUCUGAACCAGAGCUAUUUUUUAGAUUUUUGUCAGAUUGUGUUUUGGCACUGGAAGUACAUUACACACUGGCCUCUGCACCAUGAUUUUGAAUUGAAAAAUUAUUUGCCUCGGAUUUGAUUUUUAUGUGCCACUAAAUAGAUUUAUCACCUGUAAUACAUGAAGGGAAUCGCUAUAUAUAUAACUUUUAUGAUUCUGUAGAUUGUACUGACUGGCUGCUAACCUCUCAUGGGUUUUCAUGACAUUUAUCAAAGAUGUCAGUUCUUGCACUUUCAGUGAAUUUAUUGCACCACUGUCUGACUUAAUCGUGCUCUCAGACCAAAACAUAAAGCUUAUUAAUUUUUGCUUGCUUUGCAGUAUGCAUUAAGACAUUUACAAAUUUGUAUUAUAAAAUUAUCUUUAAAAAGUAUGAAAUCUAACAGAAUCUAAAGGGGUGAGAUAUCUUUCUAAUGCUCUAUCACAUAUGUACAAGGAUGGCAUGUUGACAACACAAUGUAUUAGACAGAACACCUUAGUAAAACAUUGUCAUUCUGAAAAGCACAAUCACAACAACCUCACCUUAUCACCAGUGGUUUAAUCCAUCACCUAAACCUAGUUUGAAUGCAGUAACAAGAACCUGAUUAACUUAAAGGAUAGUACACCAAAAAAUGUAAAUUGUCAUUGUUUUCUCACCCUCAUGUUGUUCCAAACAUGUUUGACUUUUUUCAUUAAUAGACCACAAACAAGAGAUGUUAAGCAGGAUGUCCAUGCUGCUCUUUUCCAUUCAAAGAAAGUUAAUGGUAACCAGCAACUAUCAAGCUCCAAAAUGAUGACACCAUUAAGCCUUUAAAGCCUAUUUGAUACAUUUAAAUUACCUCUAAAUUAUCUAUAUAAUCAAAACAUCACUAACAAACCUGUUCUAAGUUCAACACAAUCUUCUGCCCUCUGAUUGAUAGUAUGUGCUUUUUAGCAAGUACAAGGCCUUUUAGUAUAAUUGUAAAAACUGUCCACCUUCUGUUCGUGGUACAUGUCUUUUUGCUGUGAAAUCUGGAUUCUUAUAAAGUAAAUUUAAGAAUUACAUUUAUAGUGUUAUUAAUGUUUCAAUACUGGACUGAAGUUAGGUUUACACACACACAAGUAUUAGUUAAUAAUGAUAGUCUUAAAUAGACUAAAUAGAAAGUGCUUUUUUUUCUCACACAAAUUCAUCAUAUGGCUUCAGAACACUUGACAUUUAUCAGACUUGUAAGAUGGGCUACUUUUAGUGUGCUGUUUGAUAUAUUUGUAGGUUGACACCCCCAGUCAUCAUUGACUUUCAUUGUAUGAAAAAGAGCAGUGUG